CCCCCACCCCCGACACGCCCCUUCUGUGCCAGGGUCCCUCGGCUUCGCCCGGGCCCCCAGGUCUCAUUGCCCGUCCCGGAAGUGAGCUCGUGCCUUGCGGUUCCAGCUCCUGGGCGGCGAUCGUCGCCACGGUGGCAGCCACUGCAUCUCGUCCCACCUCCGCGGCCCUGGGCGCCGUGGUGUCGGCGGCCCCAGAGCCCAUGACGGGCCAGGGCCAGUCGGCGUCUGGGUCGUCGGCGUGGAGCACGGUCUUCCGCCAUGUCCGGUAUGAGAACCUGGUAGCGGGCGUGAGUGGAGGGGUAUUAUCCAACCUCGCGCUGCACCCGCUCGACCUCGUGAAGAUCCGCUUCGCCGUGAGUGAUGGAUUGGAACUGAGACCAAAAUAUAAAGGAAUUUUACAUUGCUUGACUACCAUUUGGAAACUUAAUGGACUACGGGGACUUUAUCAAGGAGUAACUCCAAAUGUCUGGGGUGCAGGCUUAUCCUGGGGACUCUACUUUUUCUUUUACAAUGCAAUCAAAUCUUAUAAGACUGAGGGAAGAGCUGAACGUUUAGAGGCAACAGAAUACCUCAUCUCAGCUGCUGAAGCUGGAGCCAUGACCCUCUGCAUUACAAACCCAUUAUGGGUAACAAAAACUCGCCUGAUGUUACAGUAUGAUGGUGUCGUUAAUUCCCCACAGCAACAAUAUAAAGGAAUGUUUGAUACACUUGUGAAAAUAUAUAAAUAUGAAGGUGUGCGUGGAUUGUAUAAGGGAUUUAUUCCUGGGCUGUUUGGAACAUCACAUGGUGCCCUUCAGUUUAUGGCAUAUGAACUGCUGAAGUUGAAGUAUAACCAGCAUAUCAAUAGAUUACCAGAAGCACAAUUGAGCACAGUAGAAUAUAUAUCUGUUGCAGCACUAUCCAAAAUAUUUGCUGUAGCAGCAACAUACCCAUAUCAAGUUGUGAGAGCUCGUCUUCAGGAUCAACACAUGUGUUACAGUGGUGUAAUGGAUGUUAUCGCAAAGACAUGGAGGAAAGAAGGCAUUGGUGGAUUUUACAAAGGAAUUGCCCCCAAUUUGAUUAGAGUGACGCCUGCCUGCUGUAUUACCUUUGUGGUAUAUGAAAAUGUCUCACAUUUUUUACUUGACCUGAGAGAAAAGAGAAAGUAAGCUAAAAGAAAAUAAUUCCAAUCUAUCUGCUCAAGGUGACAACAAGAUUUUUUAUGUUUGAAGUGUAAACUCUGAAGAAUGCUGCAUAGUAACAUGGCUCAUAAUCAAAACUAGUCUAUAAUUGUUAGAAGUCUAAGAACUGCUAAGGCUUCACGAUGUUUUUCUGCUUUUUGCCUUCCCCAUAUAUAUGGGACUUGGAUACCUCUGCCUGAAAUGACUGCCAUCAACACAAUGCCAAAACGGCCAUCAAGUGUAAUUUCACAAAUCUCUUCAUUUCAUUAUUCAGCUAGAAGUUGACUUGCAACAUUUGCUAAAUGGAUUAGAUGAAUAUGCUGCUUUUUCUGAACUUAUUUGCCUGAGUUGGCUUUAAAAUUAACCUUUGUGCAAUAGCAAGAAAAUAGCUUCUUACAAGAAAUGCAUUGUGUGUUUCCAGGGGAAAUUAAACUUUCAGGAUUUACUGGAUAAGAUGUUGCUCCUCCAGACCAUUUUAGAAUUGAGAGUUUUUAAUGAGAAAAAAUGACUUUAAAUGUGCUUUAGUUUUAAUUUGAUUGGGAUGCACUAACCACAGAAACUUGAGAAGUUAUGUACUUCUCUGAGAAAUAUGACAUCUGUUAUCAUUGUUAAUUUUUUUUCCAGGAACUUCCGUAAUUUAAAAUGUAAUCCUGAAUCCAGUUGUUAUUUUGGGGGGAGGGGGGUGUAGGAGGCAUGGUACUUAGUAUACUUUAAAUUUUUUAAAUCUGAACUUCUACAAUCCACCGAUAUUGUUGGCCUUUAAUAUACAUGGCUGUAAAUCACUUAUUGAAGAUGAUAAAGAGAUCACCUUUUA